AUGGCAUCCCGGGAGCACGAAAGCCGACGGUCCAACGUCCGGAGAACAAACGUGACUGCUUGCACGCGAUGCCGGUCCCGCAAACAACGGUGCGACCAGAACAUACCCGCCUGCUCCAACUGCAAACGAGCGGGCGUUCCCUGCGUCAGCACCGACAUCGACGGCCAAGUUGCUCCCCGAAGCUACAUCAAGAGCCUAGAGGACCGCGUAGCCUACCUCGAGACCCAGCUCGCCAGUCGUGAAGCCGUGAACCUCGAAUCAGCCUCGGCCGACUUCGCCCCGAGUCCCCUUGGCUGGAACUGUUCGUCCCGGGACCCGAUCGAGCAAGUUGUCUAUCAAAGCCUAGAGGGCGGCGUCUUCUUCAACUCCGUCGCGACGCCCAACGGACAGUCACUCCUCCGCUCGCUGCUGGCCGAGCCCCUUCGCAGCGUUUCCCAGACGCCGAAACAGAGUGACCACCGGUCCCUCCUGGACGAGCUGCCAGGCGAGACGCGAGCCGCCUUGCCAAGUCGAGACGCCGCCGGUCGACUGAUUGAGGCCUACUUUGAACACUGCGAGUUCUUCUCGCCCAUCUUGCCGUCCAAAGACGACUUUCUCGCCGCGGCCGCGCUUCUCUAUGACGACGACGACGACGACGACGACGGCCCGAUCCCCCAGAACAACAACACCAACAACACUGCCAGGGCGACCCUGGCCAGGUUCCGCACCUAUACCGUCUUCGCCACGGCAGUCCUGCUGCUGAACAGGACCGAUCCCGCGUUCCCCGUGUCCAGGGCCGAGGGCUAUUUCGCCACGGCCACCCGCCUCAUCGCCCUACACCCGGCCGUCAUCUGCACCGGGGACCUUCACCACCUCUGCAACCUGCUCCUCGUGGCGCAACACUGCUGCUUCGCCUCGAACCUGAGCGGCGCGUGGCACUUCCUCGGCCUCGCCUCGAGGCUCGCCAUCGAGCUCGGCCUCCACGACGAGCGGCGGCCCAGCACCGCGAAGCCGGGCCCAGAGCAGCUCGACCAGCGCCGGUGGCUCUUCUGGGCGCUGUACACGAUGGAGAGGAACCUCUGCGUCAUCCUCGGGAGGCCCUUCUCCAUCCCCGACGAGGCCAUCCACACCCCGCUGCCAGACCUCGCAGAAGGCGACAGCGACAGCGGUGGCGGCGGCGGCGGCAGUCGGGCUCUCGCCCUGCACUUGAUUAAGCACCGCAGACUCGAGUCCGAGAUCUACGUAACCCUUAACCAGAGUCUGCCGCAGAACGGCGCCGCGGUCGACCUGUUCGCGUGGAGGGAGGACAUGAGACGGAGGGUCACGGAGUGGCUGGGCAGCGCGCCGGCGCCGACCGCCCCCUCGACGCAGCUGGCCCCGUCGGACAUCUUCGAGUCCAUCAUGCACCACCACAUGGUCCUCCUCUACUACCCCUCGGCGUGCUUCCCGGACCCUUCCGCCGACGAGAUACGCCUCUUGGCGCGGAGCGCGGCCGCGUGCGUGGCCAACUACCGCCACGCCUUUCGCGGCGGGCAGCUCCGCUUCUUCUGGCGCACGACGCACAACCUCUUCCGCAGCGGCGUGGCCGUGGCCUACUGCGUCCACCUCCUCCGGGCCGCCCCGGGCCGGUGUCCGGACCUCGACCGGGGGGACAUGGUCGCCUCUGUCAACCUGUGCAUGUCCGUGCUGUGGGCCAUGGUCGAGAGGUAUCCGCCCGGGGCCGUGUAUCGGGACGCCUUCGAGAGCCUGGCCAACUCUGUGCUGCGGUCCGCGGAUGACGGCGGCGGCGACACGGGACGGAUCCAGGAGCCGGGGACGUCUUCUCUGGCGUACGAUCCGUCAAUGCUGGCCAGUAUCGACUUGCCACAGACGUCGUUGGAUGCCUUGUACUGGGGGUUUGGGAAUCUGGCAUAG